AUGACCCAGCAGCGAUCUCGGCCUCCUGGCAAACGGACCAUCGCCACCCCGGGUCCACGCAGCUGCCCGGGCACGUACGAGAAGGCGUCAAGAGUGAGCUCGGCGAGCAGAGAUGGCAAGGUCACUGCCCAUGGAGCACUGGUUCGACCUGACAUCGUCGAUGCCUCUACUUCCUCGCCGACGCCGAGCCCUUCUACGGGGCCAUCUGCAAGUGCACAGAUACUGAAUCAGGGUAUGAGCCCUGGUGGUGAAAAUUCGCACCACCCCAUCUUGGGCCCUGGACUUUCCUCUGGUGUUUCCAACUCCUCUCUUCCACACACCAACUCCCACACAGCUGGGAAGAAGGACCAUCAACCAUACCAGCAUCAUCCCCAGACACAUCUGUCUGCAGGCUGCAUGGCUGGCAACAUGGCUGAUGAUCACUUCUACUCAGAUGAGGACUACCUGAGAAUGGAGUACAAAGGAGACUCCGAAAAGGAUGCUAACGAUGCCUUCAACGAGUUCAUCAACUAUCCGGAGACCGAGUCAUCAUCUGGCCCGUAUCACCCCGACAUGGACAAAACCUACGAUCAACAGGACGAAGCUUUUGACCAACUCCAACAACCUACAAACUUGCCCAGCUUCCAGUACGACGGAUCGGCUGACGAACCCCGACAGACAACUGAAUACAAAUCGUGCUCGCUUUUUACAUCCGACCGCGAGCCUGCGCUGCGUCGUGCUGGGCAGCGAGUUACUUUAGGCGAGUAUAUGCAGCGAAUGACCACCCGAGGAAACCAAGGCACCCAGGCAGCUGCAACUUCAACUUCUCUGAGCAACCGAGGAAACCAACGCAACCAGCCAACUGCAACUCCCACUACUCUGGGCAACCGAGGAAGUCAAAGCAACCAAGCAGCUGCAAAUUCGACUUCUCUAACUACCGCGAAUCUACAUAAGGCCACGAUGGCAAUCAACAAGAACACCGGUGCCGGCUUCGUAGUCACCCGCAACAGCCAUGGCCACUCCGUCACGCUCGACCUGAACAAGAUCGCGGCCACCAGCCCUAACAUGGCUGAUGACCUUGCGGACUGGCUCCAGUUGACACAAUGGCACAAUAUUGACUUCAGAAAGCACGAGCUGACCCGCCACCGCCAGUUGCAGGAGAUCGAAGCGGAGGAGGCCAAGAUCGAGGCGAAGAAACAGCAGCUCCUGGCGACUUCAUACAUGUACAAGCCGGUGCACGCCGACACUCAGGUCACACCUCAGAUGCGAGACUCUCAGAUGCGAGACUCUCAUAUGCGAGACGGUCUUCCGGGCCCUGAGGCAUACUACAACUCCCCUACGCCUCAGCAUUGCCCGACCCCCACCCGCAGCAUCUCCAAGCCUGCUGAUGACCAUUGGAACAACGAUGCCGACGGUGGCUUCUAUGGCGCAGACGCACGUGAGAACACCAGCGCUCUUAUGCAAGAUGACGAGUACAGCUACGAUGAUCCCCAGGAGACCAAGCCGAGACCUGGUCGCACGCAGGCCACCCGAUCCGUCCGCGACCGCGACCGCUCUGCCUCACCCCGUCGUUCGCGAGACGAAAGCGUUGACUCCCGCCGAAACUACAGCUACCGUAACCGUGGUGACUGCCGGCGCGACGGAGAACGCCCCGGUCUCUCGCACGCUGCCCAGCGCAGCCUGGCGUCGCGCAUCACUCGCCCUGACGCCUACACCGAGCGCCGCGAGUACCGUGACGAGCGCAGCGGACGCGCCUCGCCCCAGCGACGGGAGCGAGAUGAGCCUCCGAAACGGGACUUUCCGCGCGAGCGUCGCUACCGCGGGUUUGCCAAGAAGAUCGACCUGGGCAACCACCGAGACACCCGAUUCUUUAUCAUGAAGUGCUACAACUUUUGCAACGUCUACGACUCCAUGGAUGAGGGCCUCUGGGCCACGCAGCCCCAGAACGAGGAGAUGCUGAGCAAGGCUUUCACCGAGUGCAAGAAUGUCAUCCUGUUCUUCUCAACCAACAAGUCGCAUGCUUUCCAGGGCUAUGCCCGCAUGACGUCCCUCCCCUCGGUCGCCACGGCGCGCCCGCGCUGGUGGGCCAGCAUCAACUGGAAGAUCUCGGAGCCGUUCGAGGUGGAGUGGCUCAGCAAGAUGGCCGUCGACGAUGUGCACGUGCGCCACAUCGCCAACCCGCUCAACGACGGCCUGUCGGUCACGCGCGGCCGCGACGGCCAGGAGAUCGAUGCCGACGCCGGCCGCGAGCUCGUGUUCCUCAUGAACAACCGCGCCGCGAUCGACAUGAAGGACGGGGAGCGGUUCCGGGCCCGGCGCUAG